GUUGUAGUUGCGAAUACAAGUUCAAUUCAGUGGCCAGCGAUUAGCUAUACAUAAUGGCUGCUUAUACCAAAUUCGUCGUCUUAGCCAUCCUUUUUUGCAGCGGCUACUCUUGGUCACUACCCAGCUAUGAUCAUCAUGAGCAUGCGCACUUAGAACAUGCACAUCUGGACCAUGCGCACGUAGAGCACGCACACCUAAACCAUGCGCACGUUGACCACGCACACAUUGAGCACCACGGUGACCACGCCCACAUCUCAUCCAUAAGCCACGCAUCGGCCCCAAUUGGUUUGAGUGCACCUAGCGCGGUCGCAUCUAUAUCAAGCUUCUCUCCUAACAGCUUCCCUGUCGGAUCUUUGCCCUCAGCAACCUACUCUGGACAUGGAUUCAACGCAGGAGGUGCAUCUGGUUUCGGUGGAUCUCUCGGACUUGCGGCCGCUGGUGAUUUCGUUCCUGAAGGACCCAAAGCCCCUGUCAUUGGCGAAAUUCACGGACUCGCUAAUACCCACGGAGCUGCUACACAGUACCGUGUCCGGGAAGAGCCUUACCAAGUGCUGCGUGAGGUGACCCACCAAGUUCCCGAGGCUGUUCCCGUGCCAGUGCCCCACCCUGUCAAAGUGCCCGUUCCUCAGCCCUACCCCGUCCAAGUUCCAGUUGUCCGCAAGGUGCCAGUGCCAGUCGUGAAGAUCCAGCACGUGAAGAUCGACAGGCCAGUGCCUUUCCCCGUUGAGAAGAUCGUGAAAGUGCCAUACGAGAAGGUCGUCGAGGUGCCAGUUGACCACCCAGUGCCUGUUGAGAAGAUCGUUGAGGUGCCGAUUGUCAAAUUGGUGAAGGUGCCAGUCCCAAUCGUGAAGUCUUACCCAGUGCCACUAGUGAAGACCGUGCACCACAAGGCCCACGUGCACCACCACAGCCACCACGAUCACCACGACCUUCUGAGCCACUUCGGCCACCACGGUCACGGAUGGUAAUCACCAUUCUGAUUGUCCGGCUGGUAAUCUUCGUCAAUCGGACACCAUAUUACCUCACGCCAAUAUUCUUUACCAUUACCUAGUCCGGUCUUUUGUAAAUAUUUCUAGUAAUGGCUCAUCGAUAGGCUGCAAUCUAGGGUGAUACUAAGUCAUUAAUUUAGGUGAAUAUACCUUACGGGUAUACAAUAAUACUUUUCUUUGUAUAUAGUAAUGUAAGUUUUAUUACAUAAAUAAAAACUU